UUCGGGGGAGCUCCAAGUCUUGGAGGAUUCUUGCAGGGAAUAGGAGUCCGGGAGGCGGCAGACCAGUCCGACGGAGAGCGGGUGUGAUCAGCAUUGGAAAAGAUGCCAGCCCCAGCUGCCACAUAUGAAAGAAUAGUUUACAAAAAUCCCUCUGAGCAUCACUACAUGAAAGUCCACCUAGAAUUUCAAGAUCAUGGCAUUGGACUGAAUGCUGCCCAGUUCAAACAGCUGCUUAUUUCAGCCCUGAAGGACCUGUUUGGAGAGGUUGAUGCUGCUUUACCCUUGGACAUUCUAACCUAUGAGGAGAAGACCUUGUCAGCCAUCUUGAGAAUAUGCAGCAGUGGUCUUGUCAAAUUGUGGAGCUCUUUGACCCUGUUAGGAUCCUAUAAAGGCAAGAAAUGUGCUUUCAGAGUGAUUCAGGUUUCUCCAUUGCUCCUUGCAUUAUCUGGUAACAGUAGAGAACUAGUAUUGAAUUGA